GGGCAGUCCCGGGCAAGCGCCAGCCUUACGGUGUGAGGGAAGACGCAGCCUAAUCUCGACAAGGAUUCCCACCUUUUUUUCGAGGACCCCUCGACGUCCACCCAUCUACGCGACGCUUGUCGAGUCCUGAAUUGGACGGGAGAGAUUUUUAAGAUGAACAGUGAAACACGGUAUGUGUCGGUGGACCAAGGAACGGAUCACCAUGAGCGACGACGAUGCCUCAACUGGCAUGCACGCUGAACCCAAGUCAAAAUGGGCACGGACGAGCGCCACAUGCUGGUGCUGGAGAGAAGCAAUCAAGAUCCACAAUGACGGCAACAAAGACCGCCCCGAAAAACAAAUUCCUGUAGCGUCGAGAGAACAACAAAUUCCUGCAGGGUCGAGAGAACCAAGUACCUCUAUCGCCAUUUCCAGUCCGCAAGCGGUUCAGGAACAGGUCGCCGAGUUGUUAAAAUCAUACAAGAACGGAAAGCCGGCCGGAAAGCUUAGCCACCUCUCGAGAGGUUUGCUCCGAUACUGCAAAGUGGUUGACCUCUUCUGCGAGGGAGAGCCUGUUCAAGUCGGCGUGGUGUGGGGGUUCUUCAGAUUCCUGAUCCAGGUUGCAGCACAGGAGGCGGACUGGGUCGACACUAUUAGCGAAUCGCUGGAAUCAGUUCUGCAGUUCAUCCAGCGGGGCGAGAUCAUCUUAGAUAUCACCAGGGAAACACCGCAGCCAAGGCUCUCCGAAAUCAGACAACGGGUUGCCAGACUGUUUGCAUGCACUAUCUACUUCCUCCAAAAGGCGAAAACCCACCUGGAAAAGAGCAGGCUUCGCCGGGUGAAGAGGGCCGUGUUCGAGAACUUGGACGAGAAAUUUGCCAAGAAACUCGAGAAGCUGAAGAACGAGGCCAAUGAGCUCACAGUGUUUAUGCAACAACUGAUUUAUGAAGACUUUCAAAUACACCGAUACCAAACUUCCCUGUGGCACAAGAGUCUUGACAGCCGCUUGUCAGAAAUGAUGGAUUUCUUGGAUGAGAGCUUCAUCAGAAGUCUCGCCGUGCCUGGUUCUCGUUGGCGCCACCCGAUGGAGCUGCUGGAAGGCAGUCCUGCCAUCUCUGGUCAAGGCAUCGAUGACCCAACACCUGGUACUUGCCAGUGGGUGCAGAAAGACGCAGCGUACACUGAUUGGUUGAACAAUGGGCAUUGUAUUCUCUGGCUUCUUGGUUAUCCAGGAACUGGCAAGUCGGUCAUCAUGAAGUACUUGGCUACCAGAGCUAUCGAGUCUGAGAAGUUUGCCUUUUUCUUCUCUCGCAUUCCUGAUAAGCAGGACAGGUCACCGACAACAUUUCUUCGGAGUUUCCUGGGCGCAGUUUCAGCGACCGAUCGCGAGUUAAUCAAGGCACUCACCUCUGCGCCACCACCUUCCCAACUUGACUGGCAACGACGACAGGAAAAGGCAUGGAGCAUAAUCCACGAAGCUUUGAAAAUAAGGGGAAGAUUUACUGUACUCAUCGACGGGUUAGAUGAGUGUCGGUUCAUCGACGACUCCGACAUUUCCGAUUUCAUGGCCAGAAUAACCCAGCUCUGCGCUCACCCGAACGUUCGAGUGAUAGUAGCUUCCCAGCACCAAGGCCGGUUUCAUGAUCACAUCCACAAAAGUCUACAGCUGCAAGUCAACCACGACAACGUUCACAACGACAUUGCUAUCUACACCGUCGACUUCAUCAAUACCAAUCCAAUUCUCGAAAAAUGCCGGAACGAGAUUAUGGCGGAGCUCUCUCGGCGGCAGAAAAUCACCUUUUUGGAGGCGAAGAUGCAGUGGAUGUCUGUAAAGGGAGCGCGGACAAGUAAGAGGAGACAAGACCGCAUUAAGAAGUUCCCCGAAGGCUUGUCGGAGGUAUUUCAGAAGGUGGUGCGGGAAGCCAAUCAACAACUCGACCAGGAAAGCCGCCAAUUCAGGCGGCAGAUCUUCCUGCUCUUGUACGGAGCACGACGACCAUUGACAGUCUACCUUGUGUGCACCGCUGUCGCCUUGGACGGAGAAACUCGGACCUUGGACGAUGGUGAUCGCUUCGAUAACCCGGAACACGACAUCAGAGACAUAUGCCAGCCGUUUGUUUCCCUCUCCGAUUCCUUGGUCGACUUUGUCCAUACUUCGUUUAAAGAUUUUCUCACCUUCCACGUGGAACCUUGUGGAUCUCCCGACGAGGAGCUCCGGAUGUCAUAUGAGGAUUCGGAUGACUAUUUUGUCAGAAAGUGCUUGGCUUUUCUGCUCCUGGAUCGGUACAAGUCUCCAUCCCAAAUCGGCUCACUACUUCGGCAAAACGUGUACCCAGAGUUCUCUGUGCCUGUUCUCCUAGAACCCUGUGACGACGAUUCUGACGACUUUUACGACUACGCUGCGAGGAAUUGGUUCAUUCACCUUACGUCGAUCCUGAACCCGACAACCGAUGUCCUCGAUAUGGCAAACGAGUUCCUCAACACAUUUGCAUUCGUUCACUGGGCAGAGUGCAUCUUCAAGGCGGAUGAUGGUUUCCACCUUCCCUUCCAGGUUAACGCCAAACUUCAACAAUGGUGGGCCGAACUCCCGCCCAAAUCAAAAGAUCGGCUCAGGAUCGAGAGGUACUUUGAGGGCCAGUAUACGGCGUUGAGUGAUCAGUACAACGCAGAGGAAAAGGACAAAGUUCUUCAAUGGCUCUGUCUGUACGAGCUUGCAAGCUACUAUAGCCUCUCGUCGGACUUCGAAACAGCAAAGCCUAUACUUGAAACCCUUGUGAAAGGGCUGACAGAUCUCCUUGGUGAGGAAAACCCACUAACUCUCCGCGCAGCCUCAAAGGGGGCGCAUCUCUAUUUCGGCGAGGGGAGGAUGAGGAAGGCUCGAGAUGUGUUCCAACAAAUUGCGGAAAUCCAACGGAGAGUCCUCCCUCAUGACAACCCUGACUCGUACAAGAGCCUCCAGCUUGCCGCUCUGGCUUCGUACUACAUAACUGAAUAUGAAGCUUCUGAGGAGCGGCAAAAGAUUGCAUACUCGGGACUUGCAGGAGUCCUGGGUGAAAGUAGUUACGACGCUCUUUGUUCGAGCCUUUACCUCGGGUACGCCAUUACCGGGAUGGCCCACGAUCUGCAAGCACGGGAGAGGUUCGAUGAGAUAUACAAAGCCUACUCGGACUCCAGGGGACGAGACAAUGGAUUAUCCAUGAUUUCGCUCGUCGCAAGAGGGCAGAGCGAGAGGAUUUUAGGCAAACUCAGCAAGGCGCUUGAAAGCUACACGCAGGCAUGGGAGAUACGCGUUCCGCUCUGGGGCCUCCAGGCCUUUACCGUCAUCGACACUGCCAUCCACCUCCUUGUCGUGUACCGGGAGAUAGGCACGCCGGACAAGGCGUGGGAGAUCCUUGACCAGCUGGACCGGGAGUCUGUGACGACGAAAUACUUCCCGCAGUACUGCCAGAUCACCCACAUCCGCGGCCUGCUGCUCUACGACCGCGGCGAUGUCCAGGAAGCCAGGAAGCUCCUCCAAAAGCUCGUCCACGACACACCUGCGGACAAGAACAACAGGUGGCUGUUGUGGGUCCGGCUGACACUUGCUGUUAUCCUGCGGGAGCAGAAGGACGAGGACGCGGCGUCCAUGCUCUUUUCAAAGCUGGUGCGAGAGGUAAACCCGGAGUCGAAGGCGCUGUCGCUGGACGAGCCGGACCCGCUGAGGCUCCUAAAGAUUGCAGAAGAAGGCCUCAAAUUGGUUCGUCAGCGACGGGAUGGUGAGGCGAGAUCUCUCUUGAAGGGACAAGAUUGUCAGUGGGUUCGGGAAGAGGAUUUUUGGAUUCCAGUGGGAGGUCCGGCGGCUGAUACCGGGCUGAUGACGGGCCCGUGAAGAGGGGCGAGAUAUCAACAAUCAUGGGCGGGCAGAAGACCAUUGUAGCUAAGCCUACUUUUGGCAGUGAAAGGGGGAAGAGCCGAAGGGGCACGGAAUCUGGGGUACUUGACGAUUCCCCCAGGGGGAUUUCUUACCUUCUUUUCUUUGUAGUACGGUUCAAUAUGUAGCCCAAAUGAGGAUACGUUGCCCAC